UCUCAGGUAGGUAUGGGCUUUUCAUUGCACCCGACUUUCUGUCCAUCGCUGAUGGGCUUCACAAUCAACACCCCGAGCUAAACGGGUCUUGACCACUUACCUUGGAGCUCCACCAUCUCUCUCGCUUGCCUCUCGUUAUGCGAUUGCAAGAUGGUGGAAAGACCGUAGCCUGCUCCAACUCAAACCUGCCCGAGGUCGGUAUAUGCAAAUUCCGAAAGCUUGGGUCAUCACUACUCCGUGGAGUACACAGCUCCGCCGACGUCCAAACCCCAGCGCGACUCUCCGUCAGAUGUACGACAGCAUCCUGCUUGAAGUGCCUGCCCGCAGACCGAGUCAAGAUUCAACGUCAACGCCGCCGAAGACGGCCAUUUAUCCAAAGGGCCAGAACAAAAAUUUCGAGGUCACGAGCCUCGUGGUGUAGAUUAGAACUCCAUGUUGAUGGAGUGCUGUGAUUUCCGGCGAGCAAUCGGGCGUCUUCACCGAAGCGUUCAGUGCGAGCGGAGAGUUAAUAAUCGCAGACAUCGAGUAUCGCAAAGGAGAUGUUGCCGACAAGGUA